GGUUUGGGGCACGGCGGAAAGUACAUGUGUGUUUUUAUCAUUGAAUUUAGAAAUGAUGGAGAAUGAAAAAGCAUGCGCAAAACAUUAUGGAUCUCUUGAAUCAACUACGUGGAGUGCAGACGUUGAAAAAGAGACAGAUAUUAUAUCAAUGGCCGAUUCUACCAUAACAGUGGAUGACAUUGAAGAUGAGCUAUUUAAAAUUGAAAGGAUAAGAGAUAUAUUAGUUCGGAGAGAAUCUGAACUCAGAUAUAUGAUGGAUGACAUACAACUAUGUAAAGAAAUAACCCGACUUAAGAAAGAGCUGCAGAAACUGGUCUCAAUACCAGAUAAGGACAAAUCAAAUGAGGAUAAGCAAAAGGAAGAAGAAUUACUGCAGCAGAUCCAUAAAUUGGUGGAGACAAGAGACUUCCUUGUGGAUGAUGUUGAAUUUGAACGACUGAGAGAAAGAGAAGAAGACAAAGAAAUGGCAGAUUUCUUGCAGACAAAAUUAUCAAAGGCCUGUUCUAAAAAAUCAAGUAUUGCAAAAGAAAGAAAAAUGACAUCCAGAGCACAGCAAACAACUAAGCCGUUCAUGGCGAAGACUGGACUGACUCUGCUCAAGGAAUGCUGUGGAUUCACCUGCUCCAUCAUGUAAAAGUCGAAGAUUUUAAAAGCUGAAUGUUUUGCAGGAAUCACCACAGAAGUAUGCAUGGGAUUAUAAAUAUUUCACUGUUGCAUCAUCCCAAAUUGAUAAUUGUGUAAAACCAGUUCAUAUUCAUAUAUGGCAGAGUGAUGUAUUUAUUGGACUGGCAGCCACUAACCAAGAUACUGCCGGAGUCCAUUCAGCCCUUAGAGCUAAUUCGACUAUUCAGUAAGAUAAUGGCUGAUCUAAAUUUUAUCUUCGGUAAUCUUCCCUUCAGUUGUUUCUUUUGAAACUCUUUUGAAAGAGCAGUCUGCGAAUCUUAGUUGUGACACUAACUGAACCAAUAUCCACCACACUUUAGAUUUCCACUGCAAACUGCAUGAAAAGUGCUUUCUGAUCUCACUCCUGAAUGUAAUGACUCUAAAUUCCUCACUGGGAGAAACUGAAGCCUUUUUAUCAUGUCAAACACCUUGGUUAGAUUACCCUCUGUCUUCUGAGUGCAAGACUGGCCACACUUAGGCAUCUAUCCUCAGAUUUUAACUCUUUAAACUCUGGUGUCAUGCUGGAAAAUCCCUUUUAUGGAUUCUGCUCAAACAGACCAUCGUAUCCUGAUGCGGUCUGACCAUUGCAAUAAAGAUCAGUGUUCCAUAUGUCUUGUAAUUUCUUAGUUGUUUUGCACUAGCCUUCAAUGACUUGUCUGAACAGAGACCCAAAUCCCUUUGUUCUUCAACAGUUACAAGUUUGUCUUUAUUGCAAAAUUAUUAUUUUACCUGGGAAAAUGACCUCAAAUUUCCUCUCCUCCCUGCUCCUACUGGUCCCCAUCAUUCUGUGUCUCUCUCCUUCACCACCAUCUCUCACUGGUUCCCCUCCCUACCUCUCAUCCUUUAUCCCAUACUCUACCAUCCUCUCUUCCCACAUUCGAUCACUUGCAGCCCUUUGUCAUGUCUGCCUAUCCCCUCCCAGCUUCCAAUGUCAGUCCCACUAUCCUCCUUCCCUCAUUUGCCUAUCAUUCCCUUACCUGGAUCCACCUAUCACCUGCUAGCAUUUGUUCCACCCCUUCCCUCCAGUUUUUAUACUGGUUAUGUAACUUCUAUCCUUCCAGUCCAGUUGAAGGGUCUUGACCUGAAACAUUCACUGUCCAUUUCCCUCCAUAGAUCUUGCCUGUCCCAUUGAGUUCCUCCAAUGUCUAUCUGUUAUAUCAGCUCUCCUUGCAUUGAUCCAUCUUCUGUAGAAGUCAUAUAAUCUGUUAGUGUCCUUUUACAACACUUUUCUUGCACGUAAACCCCAUUGUGCCUCCUACCUUUGGGUAUUCAGCAAACUUGGAUGUAAUGCCUUUGACAAAUAUGAUAAAGUUGAGCACCUGGUACACAUGCCAGAUUUAUCAAUUGUCACAGCAGAUUAGAUGCCAGUUAUGCUUUAUUUGUUACAUACCACAAACUCUGCCAGAAGAAGAGAGGGCUGGCGGUCCUGGACAGCAGCAAAUGUAAGCUGUAGGAAAUUGGUAUAAAGCCUCUCUCCUUUCAGAUUACAAUGUCACUUUUCAAUCCUAAAGCUGAUCAAAGAGUAUAAUUUCUUCAUUGGUGUCUCGCUGGCAAAGCCUCAAAGUGAACACCACCAGCAGAUUACAACUGGAUUAAAGUGAUGAAAGUUCCAGUAAAAUAAUAAUUUUCUUUAAUUUAUUCCAUUCAGCCUGCAUUGCUGAGGUUUAUAUUCCAGUACUAAAUGAGAUUUUGUGUCGUUUGCUCUUUCUUCUGAAUGGACUUCUUUGCGCCUGAUUGAGUACCUUUAUUCAUUCAUGAAUUGCAUAUGGAGGAAAUUUUAUUUUUCCGUAUACUUGUAGAGCCCCUUUGUGACUUCAUGUGAUUUUGACCCAACAUUUAUUCAAAUGUCACAUCACCCAUGGUAAAAUAAUAUAUCAUCUCUCCUAUUGAUGUGCCCAAUAUCAUUAAUUCAGAAAAUCAGAAUCAGGUUUAUUUUCACUGACAUAAGUUGUGAAAUGUUUUGCUCUGUGGCAGCAGUAUGGUGCAAGUAUAAAUAGUCAAGCACUUUCAUUUCUUUUAAAGUAAGAUGUACUCCAAAGAUAAAGAAACUCUAUAGUCAUUUUUCUUGUAAGGUUUACAUUUUUCUGAAUAUUACCAGAUUCCUGUAUUUUCUUCAUACAGCAAAACAGACAAAGAACUAUAAGGGACAGGCUAGAUGCAGGAAGAUUGUUUCCGAUAUUGGGGAAGUCCAGAACGAGGAGUCACAGUUUAAGGAUAAAAGGGAAGCCUUUUAGGACCGAGAUGAGGGAAAAUUUCUUCACACAGAGAGUGGUGAAUCUGUGGAAUUCUCUGCCACAGGAAACAGUUGAGGCCGGUUCAUUGGCUAUAUUUAAGAGGAAGUUAGAUAUGGCCCUUGUGGCUAAAGGGAUCAGGGGGUAUGGAGAGAAAGCAGGUAAAGGGUUCUGAGUUGGAUGAUUAGCCAUGAUCAUACUGAAUGGCUGUGCAGGAUCAAAGGGCCAAAUGGCCUACUCCUGCACCUAUUUUCUAUGUUUCUAUUAUUCCAGUCAGUGUUCCUACUUUUUCAUCUUGAUGCAGUAUUUGUUAGAUUUAACCUAUCCACUUUGGUUGUUCCAUCUAAUGAGAAAAUAAAAUCUUUUCUUAAUAUACAAUUGUAAAAAACUAUAGUUUGUUCCACAGGUGAUGACUGAUGAUGGCAGUUAUCUGUUAGGAUGUCUUAUUUAUCUAAUGCAUACAGUGGAUUCCGGUCAAUUGGGACACAUUGGGACCAGUACAUUUUGGCCCAAUUAAGUGGCUGCCCCAAUUAGCUCAAGUUUCAUGGAAGUAGUUAAAAAGGUAUUAAAAAAAGGCAAAUUGAUUUACAAUAAAUUAGAUGGAGAACAAAUUAGAACACUACCAAUAGUACAACAGUACUAUCAAACUGUGUAUUAGUUCUGAAUAGUUAUCAACAGAGGAAUUAAUCCAAUAUGCACAUUGAACAAAUCAAAACAGACACCUAGUGCAGAUAAUGAACUGCCUUUGUGCAAUGCUAUUGAUGACUGCAUCCUCCAAAUCUUCAUUUUCAUUGUAACAUUCACAAUGAUUGUUGAUAUGUUCAAAAUGUUCAUAGUUCUUAACUUGUUGAAGUAGUAAAAUCAUUGCAUUUUUAUUCUGGCCAUUUCUGGCAUCUCCAAACCUGAAUGCUUAAAGCCGCAAUGAGCAGAACAGUUCUGAAUUGUCUUACUGCUUAUUUUUCGCUAACAGUGACAAAAAUCACUGCUUUUUGAACACAAGUACACUCAACUGAUGCUAUUUAAAAAUUUCACUCAGUUUAGUAACUACAGGCCACACAAGAGUACACAACAACAAUCUCCUGCCCCAAUUAAGCAACAUAGUGUCCCAAGUAAAGGAAGGGCAUUCUGACUAAACACUGCUUGUUUAUUCAUUUCUAUAGAUGUUGCCUGACCUGCUAAGUUUCUCUAGCAUUUUGUGUGUGUUGCUUUGGAAUUAGAAAACUUUCUUGUGUUCAUUAUUUUCUCACUUAGUUUUUGUUCUUGAAGAGUUGUCCUAAAUAACUGGCUGCCUGAUUAACUGAUGGAGCAGUUAACUGGAAUCUACUAUUUUGGUAUUGCUUAUUAUCAUCACAUGUACCAAGAUACCGUGAAAAGCUUGUUUUGUGAUCUAUCAUUAAGAUCGAAUCAUUACACAGUGCAUUGAGCUAGAGUAAAGUAAAACAAUAACAAUACAGAAUAAAGUGUAAGAAGCUACCAAAAGAAGUGUAGUGCAGGAGAUGAUAAAGUGCAAGAUGAUAAUGACGUAGAUUGUGAGACCAAGAGUCCAUCUUGUUCUACAGGAAGUCCAUUCAAGAGACUGAUAGCAUGAUGCAAUCUACCUCAUUUGUUUCUUACAUACAUGUGGUUUUGAGAGACUAAAGUGCAUGCUGUGCGCCAUGAUGUAUCAGUGACAAUACUGACUCAUUGUUUUAUAGGAUGGAGUGAUAGGAUAGUGUGCCGUCCAUUGAGUCUGUCUGUAAUAACCAAAUAAUCUACUGAUGAGCACAUUCUUUGGGAUGUUGGAAGAAACGAGGGCAGCUGCGGAAAUCCAAGCAAUCACUUGGUGAGAAUUUAACCCAGAUUGAUGAAAAAAUAUAUUCCUUAAUUUGGUCCAGAAAUACAUUUUAUUUAUGUAGUAACCAAUUACAAAAAGAAAAAUUCCAGUUGUCAAACAUCAGAAAAUCUACAGAAUCUGGAAAUGCAAGCAAGACACACAAAAUGCUGGAGGAACUCGGCAGGCCAGGCCAGGAAAAGAGUAAACAGCCGGUGUUUCGGCCGACACCCUUCAGCAGGACUGAGGGGGGAAACGAUGAGUCAAAGUGAGAAGUUGGGGGGAUGGGAGGAAGAAACGCAGGGUGGUGUCCAUUCUUAUUAUUAUCAACCAGCAAUGAACUGUUAAUAUUAAAAGGUAUUGAACAAAAAUUGUGAGCACAGUUUGAAUGUAGGCAACAAUUUCAAAGGAAAAUUUGGAGCUUGUGUUACCAAAAUGGUUCAAGGUUAUCUCCUAUAAAAAAAAUAUAUACUGAAGUUAAUAACAAAGGCAAAAUAGAGUUCAUUAUCAUAUGCACAGGUACAAUGAUAAAUUUACUUACAACAUCAUCACUGACACAUAGCAUCAUGUAAUUAGCACUCUCAAUAUUGAUGGCCUGUGAGCAAUACUCGGAAACUUCAUGUCUAACCAAGAGAUCCAUGUUGGUUAACUAUUUUUAUUGGUAAAUUAUUUUUUGCAAACAAUAAUUUUACCAGCAUAGGUGAUCACUGAGUGAUUCAGUCAAUAGUAAUAUAUUGGUAAAUUGUUGAACUUAUUAAUCCACAUGCUUGUGCAAUCACAUGAAUCUCAAAUAGUAUUAACUAUCUGAUCAUAUGACUCAGCCUAAAUAUAAUCCCACCUCCUCCUCACCUCAAACCCCAGCGUCAAACUCACCAUCAUCCUUUUCGAUUCAUUUUGGAUUGUUUUCAGUGUUAACUAGUUGAGAGAGAGGUGGAAUAAGUUCACAUUAUAUAAAGAUAUGCAACAUCCAGACUCGAGCAAUGAAACAACUAAUUGCUAUAAAGCCACUUGUUCUGAAAAAGAUACGUAUAAUUUCUGUUUAAUAAGUGGAAUGGAAAGUGCACAAAAGAUGAGCCAUUUAUUACUAAUGGCUAUUAUAAGGGAGAGUUGUUCAUUGAAGAAGCAGUCACUUUUGAAAUUCUUGGUUAAUUACUGAGGAACAGCAUGUAUCAGUUUAAAGAGGUUGCCUGUUGAUUGAUUGCCUUUUUAAUACAAGUAUUGUGACUAUUACCAUAACAUUUUUAAGAACUGUUUCAUGCAUUUUGUUGUCCAGAUGUAAAUAUUAAGUAAAAGUUGUUCUCUUUCCUGUGUGUUUUGAUUAUGAGCACUUGAUGAAAACAGUACCUCAGGCAGUUUUGCAUCAUUAUUCAUGCACAAUUGCUGUAACAUCUUUAGUUAUCGUAUUUAGUAGCACUCUGAAACUAUAUAAAAAGUGUUUAUUUUGCAUAUCCCUUUAGAAUAUUCAUUUUACAUUUGUAGCUAAUAUGAACUUCAUGAGCUGCUAGAAAUAUAUUCUGGAUUCAUGCUAGCUAAAUGAUAUAUAUUAGGUGUGGUUCAAUGUUAUAUAACUAGCUCAAGAGCAGAUGGAUAUUUACUUAUAUAUGUGCUUUAUAUUGUAAAAUGCUUUAAAUGUUCAGAACCUUGUAAGACGUUACAGAGUUAAGCUGGCCCCACUGCUUUACCUUGUUCAAAAGAAGCAUGCUUCUCAUGGCCAGGAAGUCAUAGCCAGAGAAAUCCAGUAGUGUUUUGUAUAGAUCAAUUGUUAAAUGUGUGAAAUAAUGUAUAUUGUUGAAAUUAACCUGUAGAGCGUAAUAAAGUGAUAGUGCCUUGAUAUUGCAGUGAGGUCAUACAAAAUACAUGAGCUGCUUUUCUAUAAGAAUGGAUUGUUAUAUUUGCAGGAACUGUUAAAUAGGUGUGAGUUGAAUAAAUCAUAAUGA